UUACCAUGAAUCGGUAUAAAAAAAAUCGGUACAAUGAAGGUACAAGCCAGGGCUUACCCGUGUGGACUGAAUUCCAGCAAGAUAGACGGACACAUCUGAGUAUCCACAAUGAGGGGCAUUUUGCAAGCAUAAUAAUGCAACACCUUGUUGUUUUAUUGAAACUAAUGAAAUCGGGCAAGAAUUUCAAGAAACAUUCCGGUCCUAGCAGUAGUUCGCUCAAAAAUGUCAACUUGAUUAGUUAACUCAGUGCACCCCAUGACGUCUGAGUUUAUGUUAUCUAGGUCCCGAGUUGGCAAAUGCCAGACUGGAUUACAUUUGCCUUAUUUGAUCCGUAACCUUUUACAUUAUUGAAAAUAUGCGACCCACACAGGUAUAGUAACGGACGUUUAGCUUCGUUUGCCGGGGAAUAAAAGAACAAAGUCGAAACAGCGGGGUAUAGGCCUAUAAAGCUGUACACAACAUCGAUUGCCUUGGAAAAUUGAAAAUGUUGGACAGUUAGCUUUUUGAGUCCCUGCCCGUGUCACUUCAGAGCUCGAGCUUGGUUGUCAAAGAGAUUUUCGAGUGGCCUCUUAUUCUUUCAAUAACUUAUCGCAUAUUCAUUUAGAAUCAGAUAAUUAUGAUUGGUGAAAAUAUUGACUCUAUUGAUAACCGUUCACAUAUGUUGCCUUUCCCAAGUCUUGUCACGGAAGACUGCAUCAAAUACCGACAGUACACAGGUGACAUUAUUCAUUGGUCGAAGGGUUACAAUAGAAAAGCCUUCAUCAUGGCGGUGUUGACAUGCUCGUUUUUCUGGUGCUGGGUUUUAGUCGCGGUUUUACCGACAGUUCGGUUGACUGGGUGCGCCGAUGCAGCCACUGUCACGGAUCGGCGAGUUGACGUGAGGCACCGUGGGGGCCAGAGCGGCGAAUCUGUGGGGAGUAGUCCCGUAGCACGCCGCCUGAACGCGCUGGAGAACACGGUGUCAGGACUUGAGGGGCGAAUCCAGGAACUCGAUCAGCGAAACCGCGAGUUGGAGCUCGCUGUCCUAGUCGGGUCCCCCAAGCCGCCAAAAAACGGAGAAAAAGAGUUGCGACAACUUGUGGAACAGUUAGAGAGAGGUCUAACGUACCUAUUUCCGGAUUUCUCGAAGAGAGCAGCACCAGAAGAGACCGUGACUCCAGAAGAGCGAAAUACGAGGGAGCGAAUAGAAGUACUCCGGGAUUACUUGAGUAACAGGGCAGCAGAACUGGCUGCUCUACGACCCGACCGAGUAACAGAGUUCAGCCGGGCCGAUGAUGAUGGGGACUCGGUCCCAGAUUUGGGAAUGGUCGGUCUGGCUUUACAACAGCUGAGCAACGAGAACGCUGAGCUGAGGAAGAAGUUGGAGGAAUUAAGCAAGCGAAUUACCCUGUCCACUCAAGUGAGACAAAGAGAGAAUGCAGACGAUGAGACCGUGAAUGCUGUCAAGGGGAUGCUGGGUGUUGAUGAGGAGGAUCGGUUCCUUGAAGAGGCAGAACGGGCCAGAACAGCUGACACUCGGAAGUCAGCCUUCUCCGUCUCUUCUACCCAUUCACAGCACGGGUCAUCAAGUCAGAUGCAAUCCCUAAACUUUGAUGUCAACAUUUCCAACAAGGGAGGUGAUUUCAACUUCAACAACAACUCCUUCGUUUGCCGGAUCCCUGGAUUCUACUUUUUCUCAUAUACGCUACGCACUUACAGCAACCGUAUUUUAGGUAUAGCUCUGAUGAAAAAUAACGAGUUACAGGUGGCAACCAACACCGACGAAGCCAUGCGAAGUAUCAGCAGUACUCAGAGCACGAUUCUGAGGUUGUCUGCCGGCGACAGUGUGUGGCUCCGUAUGCCCGCCAGUGCAAACUAUGCUGUCUAUAGCGAUCAAUUCCACUACACCACCUUUAGCGGAUUUCUUGUGUUUAGUGCUGCCAAUUAAGUGUCGCAGAUCAUGCUACGCAGACGCAUAAUUUACAGAGGAAAUUCCAGAUGUACCCUGAGUUGAUCAUUGAGCAAUCUGUCUGACAGUACUGUUGUCUCCUGAAGCUUCUUCAGUGUACAUCAGAUGAACACAUGUUAAAUCUUGUCGAGUGGACAUAUCGCAGAUAUUUCACGAUUGAAUCAAACGACAUCUCGGAUAGUCUUGUUUGCUUAUCUGAGUGUUGUGUCUAUGCAUGGAUGCGUCCUGUCUUGCUUGUGAAUGGCGCGUCGCUGACGAUCAUUUCUGCUAUGAUUCUCAAAUGUUAGGGUCCGACCAAUAAAUAUUGCCGUUUCAACUGGUUCCUGCCGGAUCUGAUGUUACUGUAUAGGCUUUAUAAACUUUAUCUGAACAUAGUUCUAAUGAUGCAGCCGUAAUUGAGAAGCCCCAUGUAUCCAUAACACUAGCACAUUGUCCGAAAUACAUUGUAAUCCAAGUUGUUUGCCUUACAAUCAACUUAAAGUUUAAUAUUCACAUGAGAACCAAUUGAAGUUAUAUGGAGUAUUAAAUCGGGCGAAAAAUA